AUGCGGUCAGCCAAGCCGACACGCCACAGCUACGAGGAAUCGCCAGAAAGACUGAAAGAGCUUUUCAAGACACCUGCAGAGACGAAACCGACACCUUCGCCGGCAAAGAUAUCACGGGACCAGCUCUUGAAGGAGCACCAAGUGCAACUCAAGUUAUUGUCCGAAGGAAAUGUACCCGUUAGAACAUUCGUACUGCCUCUGCCAUACCCGCCUUCACGCAUUUCACUUAGGAAUGUCUCUUCCAGCAGGAUUAAGCUAGAAGACUUGAAUGUGGAAAGGCGUAUCCCAAACACAUAUAUCAUCCUGAGAACCAUCACGAUCCCUUAUGUCUACUCUGCCUCAAUUACUGUGGCAGAAGACGAGGACGGCAACGUCUGCCGUGUGACGCUUUGCAAUCUCGAAGACAGUGUAGUUGAGCCGCUCAUUCCAGAGGGGACUGUUCUUGCUAUCAAAGAACCCUUCUGGACCAGGCUUGUGGAUGGAGGUUAUCAUGUGCGCGUCGAUCAACCAUCGGACGUUGAGGAGCUGAAACCUCAUGACGAACUUGUGCCCAAGGAAUGGAGAAAAGAAGAGAUAGAUGUUCAGAAAGAUGCAACUCAGUGGAAGAAGGAAGGCGACAUGAUGUUCCUGAAGAAGCGCUUCCGAAACGCGUUGGAAUGCUACGACAGGGGAUUGAAAGAACUCGACCACUCCACUCAUGCCACCGCGGCGAUUGACCUCUACCGCAAGAAGUGCGGCGUCAACAUUGUCCUUCUCCGUCUUGAUGAUGCGGUGCAAGACCUCGCCCUCGCAAUAUCGACACAUGCAGCUUCUACUCCAUCCCUGGCCGACUCUCCUCUGACGAACCCCCCGGUGAUCAAUGAGUGGCUGCGUAAUCACAGUAUGGAAGACCCACAUCAAAUUGCAACUCAGAUUCCGAAUCCGCUCAAAGUCCUUGCCGCACGUAUCAAGUUCGACUUGGGAAUCUUCCAAUCCGAGCCCGUGUACGACCUUCCGCUGAUAUCCUCAUAUGUGGGACCACUGACGCUGCAUGUUGACGCUGCCAACUAUAUUUGUGACACCGAAGCCCGUAGCACGGAGAGUCAUGGCCGGGGGUUGUUUGCGAAACGCUCGUUCAAGGCUGGCGAUCUGGUGUGUGCGGAGAAGGCGUUCACGAUGCCAGGUUAUUUUAUCCAGGACAGAAACUCCGAUUGCUUUUUGUACAGCUUAGGAGAUGAGACUGCGAGCCCUAGGCCUGGGGCAUUAUUGUUCAAGGAACUGGUUCAGAAGUUGCGGUCGAACCCAACGCUGAGAAAAGAGUACUUCGAUUUAGACGACGGCGGUUAUUGGAAGAAAAACGGUUGGGAGGUGGAAGAGGGCGAGGAGAUACCGAUUGACGUGUUCCGAGUUGAGAAGAUCCGCCAGCUCAAUUGCUUUUCCGUACCCACUCGCUCCCUGGAUCUGCUCACGCAGCCGCCAAACAGCAACCCUGAGCUCCGCGCCGGUUUCUGGUUGCAUGCCUCGUAUCUUAAUCACUCUUGCUUGCCGAACACUGUGCGCACAUUUAUAGGCGAUGUGCAUUUCCUUCGAGCAACCCGCGACAUUGACGCUGGCGAGGAGCUCACACAACAGUACAUAUCCCCCGAGAUCGAUAUCGAGGAUAGACAGAGGGCUUUUGAGGGGACGUGGGGUUUCCGGUGUGAUUGCAAGCUUUGCGAGGUCGAUGGCAGCAUAUCUGCGGAGAAGAGGAGGCAAAGGCUGGAGAGAUUCGCCGAGCUGAAGGCUGUUGUCAUGAAGCUGGGGGAGCGCGGAACCACAAUCACCUCCAUCAAGAAAAUUGCCAGGGGUUUGAGGGAACUCGAGACACUAUAUUCUGCUCCACAAGAGGAGAACCUAUAUGCCAACCUCCCCAGGCUGGGCCUUGUGCAUCCCACGCUGUUCCUGACCGAGGCUUGGAGGGGGGUUGGGAACACGGGCAAGAUGAUCGAGUAUGCGAGAAGGCUUUUGCGGAAUUUCGGGAUAUUGACGAGCGUGGCGGAGAAGAAAUUUGAAGUCACAAGUAAUUCGGGAUUCGUGAACGUCGAAGGGGUUCGAGCGCUCAAGUACCUUGGAGAGGGCUAUCGCGCGAUGGGCGAGCUGGAGAUGUCAGAGCAGUGUACAAAUAUGGCCAAGGUGUGGUUCAGGAUCGUCACGGGAAGCGAUGUGGGCGCGGACGAGUUUCUUCGAUCAUAA